AUGGCCAAACUUGUGCAUAAUGUUCAGAAGAAGCAGCAUAGGGAGAGAUCCCAACUCACUAGACGCUCGAGGCUUGGUUUUCUCGAAAAGCACAAGGAUUAUGUGAAACGUGCACAGGACUACCAUAAGAAAGAGAAUACCAUCAAGAUUCUGCGGGCUAAGGCUAAGGAGAGAAACCCUGACGAGUACUACCAUGCGAUGACUUCAAGAAAAGUGGAUGCCAGUGGUCUUCUACACACUUCUCGUCGCGGACGCGACGAGGACUCAACCCUUAGUAUGGAUCAAGUCAAGCUAUUGAAGACCCAGGAUAGCAACUACGUGAGAACUUUGCGACAGAUGGAGAAGAAUAAGCUGGAAAAGAAAUCGAAGGAGCUUAUGUUUGAAUCAAAGGGAAAACACACAAUAUUUGUCAACGAUCGCCAGGAAAUGGAGGAUUUCACACCCGAAAAGUAUUUCAACACAACGACAAGCAUGGUGAAUAGGCGAGAAAAUAGACUAACCAAAGAUCAACUGAUGUCGAGUCAAGUGGCGAGUAUCGUACCAGACCCUUCAGCAAUCAUGCCAAGGGAAUCUCUAAACAAGAAAAAAUUGAAGAAGUUCAAAGCCAUAGAAGGUCAUCUUGAAAGAGAAAGCAAACUGAGUGCGGUACAACAAAGAAUGGACCUUCAAAGGGAAGUCAUGAAAAAGGGUUCCAAGAAGAAGAUAUCAGACUCAAAUGGGAAUAUUUGCUUCAAAUGGAAGAAACAGCGCAAAAGGUAG